AUGGCGCUAGCUGCGCAGCAUUUGUGCACCGUCGCCGUCAGUGUCAGCCAGUUUGCCGUGGCAUACGGAGCUCCAUCGCAGUCGUUAACACUGGUAGCAUGCCGCGACAGCGUGGACGUGAACCGGAGGAGGAGAAAUGGCUACAACAGGAAGCGGUACAGCAGCUUCAUGUUGAUGGCGAUGCUGAUGAAGGGCGGCCUGCUAGCCAUUGCCUACAAGGGCGUGGCCAUCCUGGCCGCCAAGGCGCUCCUCGUGGCCAAGAUCGCGCUGGUCAUCUCCACGCUGGUGGCGCUCAAGAAGCUGGUGGCCGGCGGCGGUGACGAGAAGGUCACCUACGAGAUCGUCAAGACGCCGCACGUGUCGCACGCUUUCGCGCACUCCGGCGGAUACGACCACCCGGGCCACUACGACAGGAGCACUGGAGGCAGCGGGCCAUAUAGACGCAGCGUCGACUUGCCGUACCACGCCUACCAGCCCAUUCCCUUGCAGCAGCAAGAUGGUGCAGCUGCCGCAGCUUGA